AUGGAGAUGAAGGCUUGGCUAAUGAACCCUUUCACUAGAGAAAACAUAACAGAUGAUAUUUUUCAGAUGAAUCCAUUAGGUUCCCCUAGCCCUGAUGGAUUCCUAGCUCAGUUUUACCAAAAACAUUGGGAGGUGGUGGGUGAGCAAGUUUGUAACUUUGCACUCAAAGUUCUGAACCAAGGUGGCUCACUAAAUGAGGUUAAUGACACUUUCAUUUCCCUCAUACCCAAAGUAAAAAACCUCAAGAGAGUAACUGACUACAGACCUAUUAGCCUGUGUAAUGUUGUUUACAAAAUAGUCUCUAAAACUCUUGCAAACAGGCUGAAGGUCAUACUGCCCAAGCUUAUUUCUAUUAAUCAAAGUGACUUUGUACCUGGAAGACUUAUUUCUGAUAACACUUUGGUAGCCUACGAGAUCCUACAUUCCAUGACAUCAAGAAUGAAAGGCAAAAGAGGCUUUAUGGCUCUUAAAUUAGACAUGAGUAAGGCAUACGAUAGGGUGGAAUGGAAAUUUGUUGAAGCUAUCAUGACCAAGAUGGAAGCCCUCAUUGCCCUUCUAAACCAAGUUGAAGCCAGUGGUGUAUUGACUCCAAUCCCAAUUGGAAGAGGCCCAAUCUCAAUGAAUCAUCUAUUCUUCACAGAUGACAGUUUGCUAUUCUGUCAAGCUGAAGCUGAGGAACUCAGUUAUGUGCUCAACAUACUUGACAUAUAUGAGAAGGCCUCGAGACAGUGGAAGAAACCUAUCCUCCAAGAGCUUUUCUCCCAGCAGGAAAUAGAUGACAUUACAGCAAUACCAAUUAGCCUAGGAGGUAGAGAAGAUAAGCUAGCCUGGCAAUUUACAGCAAAUGGGAUAUACACUGUCAAAAGUGGAUACAAUCUCAGUAAAGAGUUGGAAUGUGAUCUAGAAUGGGAGACCGCAGGCAAAGCUAAGGAAAAACAAGUUUGGAAGACCAUUUGGAAGCUAAGAGUAUCUCCUGCUACCAAGAUGUUUUUAUGGAGAGCAUGCAACGAGGCUCUCUCAACAUUAGCAAAUUUGAGGAGAAGAAAAGUGGUAGAACAUAGCUCAUGUCUGGUUUGUGGGCAGGAGCCAGAAACAUCUGGACAUGUUUUAUGGGGAUGUAUUGGUGCUAAGGAUGUGUGGGGUCAGGCAGUGAGGAAAGUGCAAAAGCUAUCUUUUCAAAGUGACCUGAUCUUUGAAGUCUGGUCAAGACUCGUAGAGAUCCUCAGUCUAGAGGAACUUGAUGAGGUGGCAGUCACUAGGGGUGUAAACUCAAACUGA